AUGUUCAUUAAGCUUGCCUCCUUUCUGGCUCUCGCAGCAACUGUGACCGCCACCACCCCGUUUCAUACCACCAACGCCACCUCCCUGUAUCAAGACAACGGCCACGGCAUCAAAUGGACAGGCGUAAUCACCCCCGGUCAGCCCAAAACCACCCUCUUCGGCACCGUUGACGAGAUCUACAACUAUAUCCUCGCAAUUAACCCCAACUACGUCGCCCAGCCUCUUGACAAGUCCGAUCUUGCCCUCCUCGCCUCCCCCUGGAACGAACCCGGGACCACCAAGCUAGUCGCCCGACAAAGGUCAAAAUACCUCGACAAGUUCCCCAGCCCCGUGUGCCGCGUCAUGGCCACGGGCAACAGCAGAUCCCUCGAUCCCAUAAUAAACGAACUGGAUAUCCUUGGUGGAAUAUGUGAGGCUCCCAAGGAUGCCUGCCGCCGUGUUGGGUGCAAGUCGACUACGGCUGGGUAUCUUUGUGGUGAAUACGGCAACGCAGCUGUGGUUGCAUGCACCGAUGUGUCACGUCGUCUGGAGGUGAUCAAGAGGGACUGCUGUUCGGUGAUAGCUGAUUUUGGCGGAAAACCAGUGUCGGGACACUCCAAACGUUACGACUACGGUGUGUAUGCUGGGUAUGGGAACUGUAAUCAUGGGGAGGAUAGCUCGCCGGCUGAUUAUCCUUAUCCUGGGGGUGGGAUUAAUGGGAAGUGCUAG